UAAGUGGUAUCAAUGUACUUCCUAGUACAUCCUUGUUUGGUUGUCACCUAAUAUAUCAUGAUCACUGCAAUACUCAAUUUUAAUCUUUAAUCGAUAAAGCGUAUUGUAUUUACUCCACUGCCACUACCGGUAUCUUAUCAUAACAUGUAGAUGGGAAUAUCAAAUUCGUUUAAGCACAAGUUUCAUACAUCGGAGCUGCUUGUUGAAAUAAAUUCAUGGAGGAUAUAACAUGUGCUUAGUUGGAUAAAGAGGGAAUCAUGCCAUACAUAGUUACCUUUCUUGCUACGUGGGUACUGAUGGUGUCGCCAGUUCAAAACGCUGCUCCAGUGUUUAGUAAGCCCACCUCGGGUGACCAACAGACUUCAUGCUUUGAAAAUAUUGCCUCGUCAUCGAGCAUAUACCGCGUGUCCACCAGUGACGCUGAUGGAGAUACUGUUACUGUGGCGAUACACAGCCAGAACCCAUCAGAGCCGCCAUUCCAAUUAACGAAAGCAACUAUUGGAUGGAAUCUGAUGACUCCAUCAUCGACCACGAUCGACCGAGAAACUACAGCAAACUAUAUAUUUGUAUUUAGUGCCACCGAUGGUACUAAUACUGUACAAAGCAUUGAGCUGACUUUGAUUUUAACGGACCUGGAUGACAACAGCCCCCAGUUCACCGCCAACUCGUACUCAGCUUAUGUCUACGAUACAGCGUCUGCUGGGUCAGUGAUCAUAACAAUACGAGCAACGGAUGCAGAUGUUUCUCCAUCUAUUACGUACACAAUAACAGCGGGCGAUGUCGCAGGCACGUUCUCUAUCGCGUCAGACACUGGAGAACUGAAACUUAGCAAACCUGGCAACCUUAACUCAGUCACCACGCCCACAUAUAGCCUCACCGUACAGGCCAGUGACGGUACAAACACCAACACCACUACUGUGACCAUACAUGUCAUUGACGACAGAUGUUUUCCUCAGCCCUGUCAAAACAGCGGAUCAUGUACCAGAAAUGAGACUGACUUUACAUGCGCAUGCGCAAGUGGUUGGAUUGGAGACACGUGUUCUGAAGAUAACCCGUGCAUAUCGAAUCCGUGUCAGAACGGUGGCAUAUGCACUAUAGCUGGGUCCACGUAUAACUGCACGUGUACUUCCGGAUACGAGGGACCAAACUGCUCAACAAUUGUAACAAAAACCACAACAACCACCACAACUACUACUGCUGCAACAACAACUACUCCAAAACCAAAACCAGUUCCAGACUGGAUUAUAGCUUUAGUCAUAACAGGAGUUGUCGUCAUUGUAGGGGCAAUAACAAUAACAUUAUACAUUCGCUACAACAAACGUUUGGGGAGCAUUACAAAAGUGGUUCCUGAACAAAGUGAGGAAACUGACGUUUCCAAAAAUAGUUUCCAAAACUACAGUCAAAGUAUUGAAACGACGUAGCAUCAAACUGUUCAAACACAUUGAUACAAAACCAUGGCAAUUUUAAGUCUUUACUUACUAACUUCAGUGAGUUGAAAAAAGCUUUGAACAAUUACCUUUAAGGCAUAAAGUUGCGAAAGGUAAGGAUGGAAUCAAUGUACAUAUAUUUCAGAAAAUAUUUGUGGUGGAAACAUGUACUAACACGGAAUCUACUAAACAUUUUCCGCUAGCUUAUUUUAACAUGUGCCUCCGGGCAAACCUAUAGCAGCGCUCGACAAGAAGAAAUCAUGAAGCCGUCAGCUGCAUAGCUUACAAGCAUCUCGGAAUUAAGUUUUGCCUAUAUGAAGUAUCCCUAAUGAAACAGAGCUAUUCAAAGGAAAUCCUAUCCAAAGCCCCCGAAUCCAUUACAGUGAACAGUUUUACGGUCAACUUUAGCCCGGCUUAAUCAUGGUCAUUGACUACAUCCACUGCAUACUAGCAGAAUGACCUGAGUCAACCGAAUAAUAUAGAUACUCCAAGGUGUGCUUGCUGAUAAACAUGCCUGCACAUGUGUGACUAAAGGCGACUUGUUCACAUAAGUCUAUAAUGACUUUAUAGUUUAAGCAAAUAAUAAAUGUAGCAUUUCAACGUUUAUUCAUUGUUUUAGAAAAGUUCAUCGCCAUAUUAAAUUGUUAAUAUGAAAAAUUUGUAAUACACAAUACACGGAGGUUGUUUUUUUGUAUUAUAAAACUUAUUUAGGAACAGAAACGUUUUAUGUUCCAAAACAUGGAAACUAUAUUAUUGAGCAACGUGGGAGCAAGACAGUAAAAAAGGUCGAACUAGUUGUUUCUUAGAUGUUUUAUUAAGUGUUGAUCAAAGCCGAAAAAUAUAUAACACUGCGACGAUCGAAUGAAUUCAUUAUUGUCACUCUGUACCCAAACUAGGCUUUCAUUUACAACCCGAAGAACCAUCAACGCUCCAUAGAACAAACGUGCCCCAAACUCAUUGGAAAUAAAAAUGCAAAUAUUUGUUUACGCAAAUACACAAUUAAUUAAGUAUCUUUUCACUUUUCAAUUUUUCGUUUGUAUUGUUUGUUUCGUACCGACAUAUAUUACAUUUACGAAACAUUUGUCUUUGAAUAUCACUACUGGAUUGAUUACAUCAUUCACAAGCCUCUUGAAAUUGUUGUUAUAUUUGUGUUAUAAGUAUCUGAUGAGCAUGGUUUUAUGAUGUUUUCUUGACAUGUUGCCCUUUCUUGGUAGUAGCAAUUACCAUACGCAUCAGCAUGUUGGUUAUGAGUCUGGAUUCAAUGUACCUGUUGGUCGUAAAACAUAUCCGCUACUAUAGCUCAAAUAUCCAUUGAUGUCUCCAAGCCAAUAUUUGCUAACUUUAUGUACACAGUUUUUAUCGCUCUCUGGUUCUGUAUUGUUCUUUCAUAUACAUUUAUUACAUACCAUACCCUGUUUCCCAUGUAAUAUAACCAUUACGAAUAUUUUUUAUCACAUGCCAUACCCUGUUUCCGAUGUAAUAUAGCCAUUACAUUUUGUUUAUUACACAUGUGUAAUACAACAUUUUUAAGCGUUUUUAUUGGCUUAGUUUUCGUUUAUUGACCGAUCGCAUUUUGUUAUUUUGCUGAAAUGACGUUGCAACGUCAAAUGAAGUCACGAAAUGUAAACAACAUUCGGAAUUUAUCAUUAUGUUUGCGUAAAUAUUUAUCUUAUUUGCUCAUUUAAACGCAUGUGAUAAAAAAGAUUUGACACUUGUUGUCAUAUCAUACCAUAUUUUAUUAAACUCGUCCAGGAAAUUCGUUAGUAAGCUCGCCAAAGGCUCGCUUACUAACAAAAUUCCUGAACUCGUUUAAUAAAAUAUGGUAUGAUAUGACAACUCGUGCCAGAUCCUAUAUAUCUUACACAUAUGCAAUAUACUUUUUAGGCGUUUUCAUUGGCUUAUGUUCGUUCGAUUGACGAAUCACAUUUUGCUAUUUUGCUGAAAUGACUUUGCCACUUCAAAUGACGUCACGAAAUGUAAACAACAUUCGGGAUUUAUCAUUAUGUUUGCGUUAAUAUUUAUUUAAUUAGCUCAUUUAAAAGCAUGUGAUAAAAAAGAUCUGACACUUGUUGUCAUUUCAUACCAUAUUUUAUUAAACUCGUCCAGGAAAUUCGUUAGGCUAACUAACAAAAUUCCUGAACUCAUUUAAUAAAAUAUGGUAUGAUAGAUAUGACAACUCGUGAAAAAUCCUGUAUAAAAAUACACAAAUAUUAAAGGGUCAAUUUUGGACGAAAUUAAAGCCCAUUCUCCUGUUACAAUGGUAUAAUUUUCACGUAUAAUUACCUUAAAAUUAAAAUCGCAAUGAAGCCCGUGUAUGAAAACAAAAACAAAUAAUGCUUGACAAAUAUGACAAAGAUUUUAACUUUUUUUUUCAAGUCGAGUUUGAUAAUUAUCUAAUUUAGCAUGUGUUCCAAAGCGCUCGAUUAAUGCUUUAUAGCAAAGAAGAAUAACUUGCGGUACCAUGCUAUCUGCAAAAAAAACAAACUAUUGUCACUA